CCCCUAGCCCGGACCCUCUGUGGGGUGCACCCAGGGGUCCUUGCCCCCUCCCCAUGACCCCAGCCCCCUUCUCUCUCAGCACCCAGACUUGGUUUCUGCCCCUAGGAUCUCCCCUGGUGCUGGGUGGGGGUCUCACCUAGGUGGGAAUCCUGACCCAACCCGCCCCCUCAAUUUGGGCCACCCACGGGUGCUGUGCCCUGGCCCCCGGGAAGAGGCCACCAGUGGGUGCUGCUGCAGGGAGCUGGGGUCCACUCAUCACCCCAGCAUUUCGGUGACAUCUCUUUGUCCCCCCUUUCACAGCCUGUUUUUGGGACACCUUGGUCUCCCGUGGAGACCGUGGCUUUGCUUGGUCCCCCUCCACUCCCCCCCAGCUCUUUUGGAGCUGGGGGCACUUCAUGCCAGAGCAAGGAGCACCAUGACUUUGCCCCCCUGCCCCCGUGCAGCAGCAGAGGCUUAGCAACGUGUCGUUCCCCCCCUCCCCCUCACGCCGUUCUGGGUGAUGUGAGCUGGGUGGGCAGGCGGAGGGGAUGGGGACCCCUGUGACAAUUGACUUUUUGGGGACCGAGCUGCUUUGCCUCCUGCCUGGGGCUGCCUCCCUUGCGCUUCCUCUCCGCUGCUUUGAUUUCUCAUCUGCGUUCCUGCAGGCGUAAGGGACCUUGAAAGGAGGUUUUGUGGGGAGUGCCUGCAACCCUGCCUGCAAGUGCCAUCCCCGCUCUGCCCGCUCUGCCGCAUGCCCUUCGACCCCAAGAAGGUGGAAAAGGCUUCCAGCGUGGAGAAACAGCUUUCGUCCUACAAGGCUCCCUGCAGAGGCUGCAGCAAGAAGGUGACCCUUGCGAAAAUGCGCUCUCACGUCUCAUCCUGCGCGAAGGUGCAGGAGCAGAUGGCCAACUGCCCCAAGUUCGUUCCAGUUGUCCCCACGUCCCAACCUAUUCCCAGCAAUAUUCCCAAUCGCUCGACGUUCGUGUGCCCGUACUGCGGGGCCCGGAACCUGGACCAGCAGGAGCUGGUGAAGCACUGCAUGGAGAACCACCGCAAUGACCCCAACAAAGUGGUGUGCCCAGUCUGCUCAGCCAUGCCCUGGGGGGACCCCAGCUACAAGAGUGCCAACUUCCUCCAGCACCUCCUCCACAGGCACAAGUUCUCCUAUGACACCUUUGUGGACUAUAACAUCGAUGAGGAGGCAGCAUUGCAAGCUGCCCUGGCACUGUCACUCUCUGAGAACUGAGGGUGACUGUGGAGCAUCGGUUCAGACCCCCAUCAUCACCCCGUCUCCUUUUGCACACUCGGCCUUCCUGCUGGGGAGGCACAGAGCUUGUCAACCCCCGGCACACCUGGAGACUCGCUGCCACCUCUCUUCCCUCUCUUCCCUGGGCAAAUCCCACCUUGUUUAAGAAGGUGGAGUCUCUUUAGCAUCGCACUGAACCGGUGAGUGAGCAGAGACGUCCGCUGCUGGGAUGAGAGAGGAGUCAACGCCGAAGGGCUGGGAUCGUUCCUCGGUUAGGCAUUUCAUAUCCGUAUACGGAGUAUAUACCUGUAUCCAGAUCUAUUUAUUAUUAGAUGCUUUUUGGCACCAUUUGUCUUCAUGCUCUGUGUUGCAACUGAAUAGGUACGUAAAACUAUGAUGCAUUUUAUGCAGAAAUGCCCUACUUUGAAACUGCCAUCAUCCACAUCCUUUUUGAAAAGGAAGAAAACGGCACGGAGCAUCUUUUUUUAAACUCUGCAAGGCUAUUGCCAGAGACGUCGGUCUGUCCCGUCCCCGAUGCUGCAGGCAGGAGCUGCCUCCUUUGCCUGCUACUGCCCAGGCCAGGCUGAAUCCCAGGGCGAGAUGGUUGCCCUCGUGUGCCCUGUGAUGGCAGCGGGUUCGGAGGAGUCCAUGGGGACGGUGUCCGGCGUUCAGUGAAAUUCUCACCUUCCUCGUUUUGUACCGGCUCUUGUGAUACUGAGUUCUUGCAUUUUUCUACAUUAAUUGGCGUGAUGCCUUUUCCACGUUUUAUAGAGCGAGAACAGAAGCUGUUACUCUUCACACUGCAAUAUCCGUCAUCGGGGACAAGAGUAUUUUUAUGGAACAUUAUUAAGAAAGUAUAUUUUU